AUGCUGCAAUCAAUGAGUUUGGAAGCAAGGGUUCUUGAGACGCGGAAGAAGGGCGCGUCCAAACACGAGGUGUCCGUAGCUCGCGGGCGAAGCAACGCUGCUGCCGAAGCGACGCUGCAAACUGCACAGCAUCCGUCACAACAUGCCGUCCUGGCAUACCAGUGCUUCGUGGCCCCGAUGUCACCGCUGCGUCUGCAAAGAAACUCGGAGAAUAGGACGCGGCGACUUUGCUCUGUAAGAACGAAGCGACGCUUCGGAAACACAGCGCAAAAGACACAGCGCCUCGAGAUUCGUUCGACGGUGCCCAAGUCAGAGCAACCUGCUGUUCAAUACAAAAUAGUGGACGCUCUCAUCGAGUCCAAAGUCGCAGAGCUUUAUCCGCACUUUGCACAAGUUGAUCGCCGAACCGCCUACCAUCUAGGACGGAUACUGCAGACAUUCCGUGCACAUCGCCUUGGUACACACCAUUUUGCGAGCAUCAACGGAUACGGACACGGCGACAUAGGUCGAGACACUCUGGAUGCCAUCUAUGCGGACCUCUUCGGUACAGAGGCGGCACUGGUGCGCGCACAGUUCUUCUCCGGGACGCAUGCAAUAGCCUCGUGUCUGUUCGGGGUCCUGCGCCCCGGAGAUGAGAUGCUUUCGAUAAGCGGGAAACCCUACGAUACCCUCGAAGAGGUCGUUGGCCUGCGACCCAGUGCCAAUGGGGCUGGAGGCUCCCUUCGCGAUUUCGGAAUCGAAUACCGAGAGCUGGAGCUCAGUGCAUCCCACGGGAACAUCCUCGAUUGGGAUGCGCUCGCCCAAGGAACCUGCUUCUCACCGAAAACCCGCCUGUGCUUGAUCCAACGCUCCCGCGGAUACGCCUGGCGACCGUCGAUUUCCGUCAAGGAUAUCGUUCGUGCUGCUCGAAUCAUCAAGAGCCACCGGCCAGACAUGAUUGUUUUCGUCGAUAAUUGCUAUGGCGAGUUUGUUGAGGAGUUCGAACCUACGAAUCUUAGCGACGACAUUGACCUUAUGGCAGGAUCGCUGAUCAAGAACCCUGGCGGGACCCUUGCGCUCGGCGGCGGUUACGUAGUGGGGCGUGCAGCGCUGGUCGCUGCCGCAGCUAACCGCCUCGCAGCACCGGGCGUCCACGGGGGCGCCACCUACAACCUUAAUCGAGUCAACUAUCAGGGCUUAUUUUUGGCGCCUCAGAUGGUAGGAGAGGCGCUCAAAGGGGCAAUGUUAGUCGCUACUACGCUUCUUGAGCUCGGGUUUGAGGUAUCGCCCAUGCCGCCUCAAUUCGGAGGAGAAGCAGCCCAUCGCACAGAUAUCAUUCAGGCCGUUCGACUCGGCGCGCCCGAGCUGAUUGUUGCCUUUGCUCGAGCGGUGCAGAAAUGGUCCGCUGUAAGUGCAUAUGUCCAGCCUACAGCCGGUGCGACACCAGGUUAUGAAGAUCAGGUGAUUUUCGCCGACGGCACCUUUAUGGAAGGAAGUACGUUGGAGCUUAGCGCAGAUGGGCCACUUCGUGAACCCUAUGUUGUGUACGCACAAGGUGGCACGCACUGGACGCAUUGGAUUCAUGUCUUGCGUGAGUUCGGCGCAGUACUAGAUCAACAGCGCCACGUAAAACUAGGGUAA